ACACGUCACUGCCCAUUAGUCCUUAGCAAACAAGGGAACCGUUCGAGUGCACAACAUACCUAGUCUUGCAGCCCGCAAAGUUGUCAUGGAUCCCGUUUCCUCGAAACUAUCUUACUCGUAAUGGUAUCCUCAGGAUAUUGCACAACACCGGACCCCAUCCAGUAGUCCUAAUGAUGACCUCCUCUGUCGGAGACAUUUCGGGACCAACUCCACCCAUGACCGCGAAGCUGAUCACAAGGCGGGAAGUCCUCGAAGUACGUACAGAAAUAGGAAACGUGCAUAUAUGCACGAUGGAUCAUUACCUCGUUCGAGCGUUCAUCCCUGUUUCGUGUCGUUGGCGACGAUGCUCGUCCGCACGGUUCUAGCUGCGCUGUGUGCCUUCUUUACUCCUUUCGCUACGGUGAUGGGUGCACCAUCUGCAGCAAGUAUCGGAUCCGAUCUGACGUUCCUCUUCCAAAAUGACCUGAACUGGACAACUGCCCCAGACCACAACGGCACCAUCCUCCUGAGCACACCACUCACCAACACGGAUGCGCUAGCGGCGUGCGCACAACUCAACGAGCCACUGUUGCAGACGAAUGGGACUUAUUUCGCGAGCGACAUGCGCUACCUGCUUUCGUAUCUCGGGUACCUUGGCAACUCGUCGGCGACGCAGCAAUACUGGGUCACGGCUAAUGCAAGCAAUGCAUCUGAGGGGUGUACGGCGAUCUUGGGGGACGUAAUUAUGCAGAGCGUGAGCUGCGACGAGACGCUUCCCGCGUUUUGCGCGCAGAGCGCACCGUACAGGCCGAACAACGAGACAGACAUGAGCCCGGCGUACUAUGUCGAGGCGACUUCUGGGAACUACACAUUUACGGGGACGCGUGAUCAUCUGUCCUUCCGCUUCAUCGGCAUUCCCUACGCCGACCCCUUCGAGCGCUGGACUUACUCAGCUGUAUACGGGACCUCAGGCGCGACCGUCAACACGAGCAUCACAGCACUCGAAUACGGCUCGCCCUGUACCCAGGUCGGAUAUGGAUCCGAAGACUGCCUAUACCUCAACAUUCAGACGCCGUACCUGCCAGCGAACACUGCGUCUCCCGAUGCAGACAAGUUGAAACCGGUGAUGUUCUGGAUCCAUGGCGGGGCAUACGAGACCGGCGAGGGUAGCGACGGAAUUUUUGAUGGAGGGAACAAGGCUAGCAGAGGCGAUGUUGUCACUGUCACCAUCAAUUAUCGACUGAGUACGCUAGGUUUCCUCGCGCUGGAGGACGGCGUAGCGAAUGGGAACUAUGGUCUCGCAGACCAGAUUACCGCUUUGAGAUGGGUUCAAGCACACAUCGCCGCAUUCGGCGGAGAUCCGUCCAGAGUUACUAUUCACGGGCAAUCUGCAGGUGCAACUAGCGUCCGUGCAUUGCUCGCAUCGCCUGUUGCUAGAGGCGAAAGCCUUUUCGCAGGUGCGAUUGCGCAGAGCAGCGUUGGAGGCUUCGCAAGUUCCCGUUCUUAUGCCGACUACUACACCAUCCCGCAAGAAGUCAGUGUCUCUGUCCCAAGCCUACUCGAAUACGUCGGGUGUAACAGCACUGUGAACGGAACUUCGGUGGAACAGCUCGCAUGCUUGAAGACAGUUAAUGCGACAGUGCUGGUGAAUGCGCCUAAUCCGCCAGCGUACGUUAUCAUGGACGGAACAUAUAUAACCAGCCCCGAGCUGGAUCUUUCUGGCCCAUCGUCUUCGGAGACUCUCCCGCAUGUCAUCUUCGGCUGGAUGCGUGAUGACGGGGCGGAUGUCGUCAGGUCAUGGCCAUCUGAGGGCGAAACGUCCUUCCAGAGUAUCAUGAGUAUCGGCUUGACGGAAAACGAGACGACGGCGAUCGUCAACUCUGGAUUGUUCCCCGUGUCUACCUCUGGAACGAACAUUACUUGGGACAUAUUCAAUGCUUCAAGUCGUGUUGCUACCGACGGCGAAUUCAGGUGCAUAGAUCAGGCUACUAUGUAUGCGGCAGCGAAAAACCACGUCUUCGCUUCGGUCCACGCAUACCAGUUUGAAAGGAGCUACAUGGGCUGGGAACCUCUGUCUGAUAUCUGUGAUCCUCCCGCAACUGCGGACUACCCGUACGGCGAUCCCAGCUUGCCUUACUACAGGUGCCACUCAGGCGAGCUUUUCUACACCGCAGGUACCCUCGGCCAGUCUGCUGAGCACUUUCGCGACACCGCGGACUGGACGCUCUCCCAGGUCGCCGUCGACUACUGGACAUCGUUUGCGCGUUCUUUCGAUCCGAACCCGGACCCAGCAUACAUGACUUCCCGUGGGUAUACGAAGUCAGCGGCAACGAUGGCAGCCGUUGGUCCUUGGAACGUAGUGUCUCCGACGGCUGGGGCAGACACAGACGUGAGGAUGAUGGAUAUACCGCUGAAGGACUCCGCGUGGAUCGACGCGGCGCAGUGCUAUCUCUUAGGCUAUGGCAUUGAUUACUACUUGUGA